UCAGCCAAUGGGAAGCGUGGCUGGGCUUUAGCGCGAAGCGGGAAUGCUGCGACUGUGCGGAUUUGGCGCGAGCUGACUUUUCUACUGCUGGUGUGUAAUUUGGGGGAGCUUGUGGUAGAGAGUCCCUGAGGCCGUGUGAGACGCGAAAAGGAACCUGCACUGAGGCUGCUCUGUUCUUUUUUGAAUCCUGCUGUGUUGCCAUCAUGCCUCAAACCAGAUCCCAGGCACAGGCUACAAUCAAUUUUCCCAAAAAGAAGCUAUCUCAGGCUUUGAACAAAACCAAAAACUCUAGUGACACUAAACUACAACCAACAAAUGUCCAGGCUAUACCCUCUUCUCCUGGUGUAAAGAGUCUGCCUCUCAGCCCUAGAAAACGUCUAGGUGAUGACAACCUAUGCAACACUCCCCAUUUAUCUCCCUGUUCUCCACCAAAGCAAGGCAAGAAAGAGAAUAGCCUCCCUCGUUCACAUACAACUAAGGGACGGAGAUUGGUAUUUGACAACAAUCAGCUGACAGUUAAGUCUCCUAGCAAAAGAGAACAAGCCAGAAUUCAUCAAAAUAAAAUACUUCCCUCAGUUCAAAAAGAUCAGGAGAUUAUAACAAAUUCUGAACAGAAAUGUCCAAUGGAGAAAGACUCUGCACUUUUGAGAUUAUUCAAGCAAGAAGGUACUUGCUACCGACAAGCAAAGGUUGUCCUGAAUACAGCUGUCCCAGAUCGUCUGCCUGCCAGAGAAAAGGAAAUGGAUGUUAUCAGGAAUUUCCUGAGGGAACACAUCUGUGGGAAAAAAGCUGGAAGUCUGUACCUUUCUGGUGCUCCUGGAACUGGAAAAACUGCCUGUUUAAGCCGAAUUCUGCAAGACCUCAAGAAGGAAGUAAAAGGCUUUAAAACUAUCAUGCUGAAUUGCAUGUCCUUGAGGAAAGCCCAGGCUGUAUUCCCAGCUAUUGCUCAGGAGAUUUGUCAAAAAGAAGUAUCCAGGCUAUCUGGGAAGGACAUGAUGAAGAAACUGGAAAAACAUAUGACUACAGAGAAGGGCCCCAUGAUUGUGUUGGUGUUGGACGAGAUGGAUCAACUGGACACCAAAGGGCAGGAUGUAUUAUACACACUGUUUGAAUGGCCAUGGCUGAGCAAUUCUCGAUUAGUGCUGAUUGGUAUUGCUAAUACCCUGGAUCUCACAGACAGAAUUCUGCCAAGGCUGGAAGCUAGAGAAAAAUGUAAGCCACAGCUAUUGAACUUCCCACCUUAUACCAGAAACCAGAUAGCCACAAUCUUACAGGAUCGACUUAAUCAAGUGUCUGGAGAUCAGGUUCUGGACAAUGCUGCAAUUCAGUUCUGUGCCCGCAAAGUCUCCGCUGUUUCAGGAGAUGUUCGCAAAGCGCUAGAUGUUUGCAGGAGAGCUAUUGAAAUUGUAGAGUCGGAUGUCAAAAGCCAGACUAUCCUCAAACCACUGUCUGAGUGUAAAUCAUCCUCUGAGUCUCUGGUUCCCAAGCGUGUUGGUCUUACUCACAUAUCCCAAGUUAUUUCAGAAGUUGAUGGUAACAGGAUGAAUUUGGGCCGAGAAGGAGCACAGGAUUCCUUCCCUCUCCAACAGAAGAUUUUGGUCUGCUCUUUGCUGCUUUUGACCAGGCAGUUGAAAAUCAAAGAAGUCACUCUGGGGAAGUUAUAUGAAGCCUACAGUAAUGUCUGUCGUAAACAGCAGGUGGCAGCUGUGGACCAGUCAGAGUGUUUGUCACUUUCAGGGCUCUUAGAAUCCAGGGGAAUUUUAGGAUUAAAGAAAAACAAGGAAACCCGAUUUACAAAGGUGUCUUUGAAGAUUGAUGAGAAGGAAAUAGAGCAUGCUCUGAAAGACAGAGCUUUAAUUGGAAAUAUCUUAGCUACUGGAUUGUCUUAAAUUCUUCUCUCACAUCCACCCAAAAGUAUUCAUCUGGCAUUUAGAGAGCUAUGGAGUCUUCAUUUUAGUAAUUUAUACAUUCACUCCAAAACCAAAUAUGACUUUUUUUACUCGACAGCAAGGAAUUUUAAUCUAUAGAUUCAUGAAUAUUAGCACAGAAUAAUAUCAGUGGGUCUUAUUUUUAUACAUAAAUGAAUAAGUAAACCCUUUUUAAAUUAAAUUAACUGCCUCUCCAAGUAUACAGAAUUAUAUUGUGGAAUGUGUAAAUCUUUACCUCUAAGUUUCCUCAAACAUUGGUAUAUUUUCUUAAGAACUCGGAGGUUAAGGUAAGAAGAAUGAAAAAGAAUGAGGAAAAAAAAGUCUACAUGGAGACUUGAAGGACGUUUCAUUUCUUUAUGGAGAACUACUAUGUUCAUGGUGCUGAAGUACCACAUUGUGACAUUGUGACAUUUUUAAGACAGUCAUCAGAGUUUUUUGGAUACUCCUAACCUUGUGGGGGUAGUUAGAAGAAUGUAACUUUACAGAUUGUGAAUAUAUUUAUUUAUUUUCAAGUUGUAUUUGUUGUGUGUGUGUGUGUGUGUGUGUGUUGCUGAGGAUUGAACUUAGGGCCUCGUGCAUGCAAGGCAAGCACUCUACCAACUGAGCUAUAUCCCCAACCCUGUAUUUGUCUUUUUAAGCAUUCAUAUUUUAAGAGACCUCAGGCUUUCAGAAAGCAAUGUGAAAAUUCCUUACCAAACAUUUCCAGUCUUUGCUGCCCUCAAUUCUAAGCCAUUGGUUCAAGAUGCUGCCACUAGGGUUGGAUUUUCAUCUGAACAGAUGUUUUUCCAGUUUUAUUAGAUGAAUUAAUCCUUAUGGUUACUUAAGACUCCUCUGACUUUGGUUUCUAGUAGCAUUAAAUGGCAGUUUGUGACAGGAACACUAGAGGGCACCAUUACAACACUACUCAAAGUGUAGGCUUGAGGCUGGGAUGGUUUUGAGGGAAGGGGUGGAAAGGUACUUAGGUUUGAUUUGUUUGGAAGAUUGCUUGUAUUACUUGAGCAAAUAAAUGCCUGAGAUAUAAA